UCCAUCGUUAGAGACACGCAGAUCCCUGAUUUCCUUCAAUCUACGAGGAGGCGUUAUCUCACGCUCUGGCACAGCCCGCGCUCAUCUAACACACGGAAGAACCAACAUCUGCAGUGAAGAAAGAUAUAAAAAGACAUUCGCACCUGACUUUUAAACGGUUGAGAGAAUACGGAGAUAAAGAUAGUUCCUACCAGCAUGAGGACAACAUAGGCAAUAUCGAUCUGGGAGAAUCUUAUCCAAAGCCCUUCGUCUCUCCAGUUUGAAGUCAUUCGUCUACACGAGGCUAACCCUGAUAAGACGUACUGGACCUCCUACAGAAACCGUUCAAGGGGGUAGGCUUUACAGCCUUAUCCUUGAUCAUCGCGGACAAUUUCGACCUGCAGGAACGGAGCGACGGAGAGAAGGGCGGAACGUACGACACUGUGGUAGACUGACUGAGAGGAAGAUGUAGUAGUGAUAUUUUCACCCACUGAAGUAGACAACAGCAGAAGCGAUGGAUGUAGGAGUUACAGUGUUCUUCUUGGCAACCAUGAUAUGGACCGCCGGGGUUCUCUGCAACAUGACCACCAUUCAACCACAUCCUCAAGCCUUUAACGUGGACCCGACACCAGGCCGUCCGUUACUGCUGUCAAAGCUGCUAGACCCCACAAAGAGCAGUAGGAGAGGAGAGGGUAUUUCGCUGAGAGGUAAACGACUACGGGCUGUAACCAUCUUGGAGGCUCCUUACAUGAUGAAGAAAGAAAAUGACAAAGGAGAGCACGAGUUUUCCGGAUUUGUGAAGGACAUUGUGGAUAAGUUAUCAGAGAAUAUGCGGUUUGAUUAUGAGAUGUACGUGGUACGGGACGGAACAUACGGGACCCUCACAGAGAACGGCACAUGGACCGGGCUUAUUGGCGAGGUCAUCGAAGGGCGUGCCGACGUCGCCUUCGCCCCUGUCACUAUCAGCUCAGAACGGGAACAGGUCGUUGACUUCACCAAUCCUUUUAUGGACCUGGGGGCGGGGCUUCUGUUGAAGAAACCGGUCACAGAGGGAACUAAUGUCUUCGCAUUUCUGGAGCCAUUCCGAAGCACAGUCUGGUUUUCUAUUUUGGGCGCCAUCUUUGGUGUUGCCAUAUUGCUGUAUGUCACAAGCAAACUUAGGUACCGGUGCAACGUUGGUAAGGACGACUAUGACAACGAUGCAAAAUUUAACUUCACCAACAGUCUAUGGCUGACGUACUGGUCAAUCGUAAGAAAAGGAGGAGAGCCUGCGCCCCGCUCCCUCCCCUCCCGUAUCCUGGCCGGUGCCUGGUGGUUCUUCACCCUGAUCGUCAUCUCCACCUACACUGCCAACCUCACAGCCUUCCUUACCGUCAAGCGGCUCGUCUCACCCAUCAAGUCCAUCGACGAUCUGGCGGGUCAGACUGCUAUUCAGUACAGUGUUACAGAAGGGACGUUUCUGUACAGCUUCUUCAAAAGCCAGGAAGGAACGGGGUCCGUAUAUGAACGGAUGUGGUACACCAUGAAGGCCAACGACCGUUUCCCUCCAACCAGCAUGAAAGGUGUAGACAUGGUCCGUAGCAGUCACUUCGCUCUGAUUGAGGAAACGCCGUUCCUGGAGUACACUGUGAGAACAGACGAAGGCUGUGAACUGAUGUUGCUCGGAAAGCCUUUCCUUUUCAAAGGCUAUGGCUUCUCUACAAAACGAGGGAGUCCGUUGAAAAAGCCGUUAUCUGUAGGGAUAUUAAAACUCCAAGAGACAGGGUAUAUGAGCGAGCUCAGAGACCGUUGGUGGCCAAAGAAUGGAUGCCCACUAGAUGGUCAAACGUCCAAUGUCGACAAAGCAUCGGCUUUGGGGCUGGAGAUCUUCCAGGGUGUAUUCUAUGUGCUCGGCGCUGCAGCAGUGUUGGCUGUGCUGGUGACGAUCGUACAAGUCGUGUACUACCGCUUCAUCAAGCACAGAAAACUGCCUGAUGCAACGGAGGAUAAGAAACAGCCCACGCACUACAGAAAUGGGAUACUGCGUCGCACCACUACCGACGUGAAUCUCUUCUGAGAAUGCCAACAACAAGACCAGACAGAGUUGUAGUAUCACGAUACUUCCUACGUCAUUCUACGUCAUCAAAUAUGGCGCCAUACUGCGCUCAGUGAGCGGGGUAGCGUAUAGUUUAUCUUUCCUUCAGCGUUUUUCAGGGUGGUCCGAACGAAUCUCUCUCUCUCUCUCUCUCUCUCUCUCUCUCUCUCUCUCUCUC